UCAUGGUCACUUCUUCUUGCUAUUGAUGGAGUGACUUCCGGAUUGGGGAUCUCAUCCCCGGAUUGUCACAUCCUGGAAAAUCCUGGAAUGCUGGUACAAAAAUGUUUGUUUUUCGCCGGAAUUGUAGUCACUUCUCAUUGAUAAUGAUAAAGUGACCUCCGGAUUGGGGAUCUCAUCCCCGGAUUUUCACAUCCUGGACAAUCCUGGGAUGCUGGUGCAAAAAUGUUUUUUUUCGCCGGAAUUGUGGUCAUUUCUCAUUGGUAAUGAUAAAGUGACCUCCGGACUAGGGAUUUCAUUCCAGAAUUAUCAAGCCCUGAACAAUUAGGGAUUGCUGGUGCAAAAUUGUGGUUUUUUCGCCAGAGUAGUGUUCACUCCAACAUUACUAAUGGGAAGUGACCAUAAAUCGGGCGAAAAACCCACAAUUUUGCACCAGCAUCCCCUAAUUGUCCAGGACUUGAUAAUCCUGGGAUGAGAUCAUGAAUCUGGAGGUCACUCCAUCAUUACCUAUCAGGAGUGACCACAAUUCCGGCGAAAAACCCACAAUUUUGCACCAGCAUUUCAGGAUUGUCCAGGAUGUGACAAUCCUGGAAUGAGAUACCCAAUCCGGAGGUCACUUUAUCAUUACAAAGGAGAAGUGACCAUAAUUCCGGCGAAAAACCCACAAUUUUGCACCAGCAUUUCAGGAUUGUCCAGGAUGUGACAAUCCUGGGAUGAGAUCCCCAAUCCGGAGGUCACUUCACUAUUACAAAGGAGAAGUGACCACAAUACCAGUGAAAAACAAAAAUUUUUUCACCAGCAUCCCCUAUUUGUCCAGGAUUUGAUAAGCCUGGUACAACCCGGAGGUCACUCUAUCAUUAGCAAGAUGGAGUGAUCACAAAUCCGGCAAAAACCCGUCAUUUUGCAUCUGCAUGCCUUAUUUGUCCAAGAGUUUUCAUAUCUCCCAUAUCGAAUUACAUUGCCUUUACCUCAUUUGAAAAUCAAUUUUUCAAAGGACCCCAAAACCGUCUUGGAAUUUCACAUAAAUCCAAGACAAUUUACGUUAUAAUAAGACCGUAAAUCUCUAUCGUAGAAUACAGAGUCUUGGAAUAUUUUUAUCCAAGUCUCUUUUGACAACUCAUUUUGUAAAUCUUGGUUUUGAUUUUGAUUCGUAUCUCAGAAUACUAAAAGUCUUGGAAGUUGUAUGAAGAAACAAGAUUUUUAGGUUAGGGUUCGACCGUAAAUCUCUAUCUUAGAAUACCAAAUCUUGAAAUAUUUUGAAUUUCCAAGAUUAUCCUGAAAAUUUCUUGGAAUUUUAAAGUAGAAUACCAAAUCUUGGUUUUUUUCUUUAUUUUGAUCUUUAUAUUUAUCUCAGAAUACCGCCAUAUAUUUUUGUCCCUUUACUUGCUGAAUUGUUUUAUUUAACUGCAGAAUAAAUUGAUGCCCUACCACGCGAGAAAUUGCAUUCAUGCUACCGGGAAAAUUCAUUUGGAAAAGCUCUACAAAUUCGUGGAGUGAAUGAAGGGAAAUAUUUCGAAUGCAAUUGAAUAGUUUGAAAUUUCCCAAAGGCAAUGAAUUUUAAUAAGGAACAUUUAGGUUUCAUUUAACAAUUCAAAUGUACAAAGUUUUCUGAACAAUAGUGCAUCAUCAGUUGACUCCUGUUGACACUAUUUAAAAUCCAACAAAAAUUGCGACAUGGGAGAAAAACUUCCUUGAUAUAUUAUUACGUUGUACGCAAUUUGUGGAAGAGUAUAUAAUUCAUUUAUGUCCAAUUUAGACGUCCUCUUACGACAAUUUAUACACCCAUUGAAGCUUUUUACCCUACUAUAUAGGAAAUUACCUUGCACAACUUUUUCUUAGGAAAGUUUUCUAUGCUGGAAUCUGAAUAAAAAUAUUCAGCACGGAUUUAAUUGAAAAGUACAGCUAUAUGUUACAGAUGAAUUAAGUACUUCAAAUUCAAAAUUUGAGAUAUUUUAUUUAAUUGAUGUUAUAUUUUAGAUUAAAAAAAAAUUUUGUUCAAGAUAGUUUUAGUUUAAAUUUUUGAAUAUGUAUCUAUUAACGAAUACUUCAGACAGGUUAGAUAUAGUAUAGAUAUAAUAUUAUUAUGGAAGAUAAUUUAUUCAAAAAGUUGAAGUAUCUUGUGCUAUCCAUUUAUUCUUGUAAUUUAUUGAUUUAUAUUGAAGGUGUAGAGAAAGUAAUAUGGAGAAUGAUCAGUAGAGUAAGGAAAUUCUGUAUUACAUGUAAGAUCAAAGGAAGAAAGAAGAAUUGCCUAGAAAAUUGAAGAAAAAGGAAAGCCGGUCAGAAGUAAGGUUAGAAAUAGAGACAGUGAGAUGAAAAAAAUGUUAAAAGAAUAAUUUGUAAUUAAAUGAAACAUAUGCCAAUAAGCCUAAUAUAGGAGAGAAAUUAUUUCGAGUAAAUUUGAAUAGGAAAUUAAGUUUUUGUGGUUUUAAGAAUAAGACUUUAAAUUGCGUUGCGGCUCGAUUUUGCUUGAAGGUCAAAAACCAAUAUAUAUUAUACCAAAAUAUGUAUAUUGAAUAAAUUAUCUUGUUUAAUUCCGAACACAAAUCUUGGAUUUUUUAAAGAGAAGAAAAGUUAAAUGUUAAAAAGAACUAGUUAUAUCAUUUCCAUUAUCCAUUUCAAAUUAAACGAAUGAAAAGAAUUUAAAUCACAAACUGAAUAAAUAAAUUUAGCUUCACCAUUUCUUCAUGAGAUAAUAAUUUUUGCACCUUUUACCUCUCAAUGACGACUUUUUAUUCCCUUUAAAUCCCCACAGAAAGUGUUAAAAUAUUUCCAAAAGCAUUUUCAUUGUUCAUUUCCAAUUGAACGUUCGCAUAGUUCACAGUUGACAAUAAUGAACAUUUCAAUAAGAAUCAGUGGAAAGGCUAUACAGUAUUUGGGAGCAAUUUGCGUGAAUAUUUCAUCAAUUGUGUAUGGAAUCAACGUGGGAUGGGCAUCUCCUGUAAUUUUGCUCCUACUCUCAGACGAGAGCCCACUGGCGGUUGGACAGAUUACAAAGGCAGAUGCGGCGCUCUUCAGUUCAAUGCUAUACAUUGGUGGGAUGGUGGGAACGUUAAUUUUUGGAUGGUUGGCAGACAGAAUUGGGCGAAAGUGGUCACUCUUCCUUGGCACCCUCCUUCAAAUCCCAGCUCACCUGCUCAUUGCUUUCUCCACUGGACUAACACACCUCUAUGUGUCGCGAAUUCUAAGUGGCUUAGCAGCAGGAGCAAGUUUCGUCGUGACCCCAAUUUAUGUGUCUGAAAUAGCAGAGGACUCAAUAAGAGGAUCUCUUGGGUCCUACUUUGCCUUCAGUGUGUGCAUUGGGAUCCUCUUGGGAUUCAUAAUAGGCGGCUGUAUAAACUUUGUUAUAUCUCCCUACGUCGUUCUUGCAUUCAUUUGCGUCUUUGUCGUCACUUUUCCAUUAUUUCCUGAAACACCCCAAUUCCUCCUGCUCGGUGGGAAAAUUAAGGAAGCAGAAAAGUCCCUGAGGUUCUUCAGGGGUGUUUUUAGUGAUCCAAUAGACACCAUACCAGAAAAUGUGCGGCAAGACCUGGAAAAGCUUCAAAGCUCCCCUAGAUCAUCUAAAAAGUCCACAUCAAUUUCCACCGAGGAUUUCAAACCAAAAUCAACAAGAAAAGCGCUGCUAAUUAGCUUCGUUUUAAUAGCAGGAAGAAAUUGUUGUGGCAUUUUUCCCCUCCUCAACUAUACAUCGACUAUUUUUGAGGAAGCAGGAACUGACUUAUCCCCCAAUACGUCAGCAAUUGUCGUUGGGGUCAUCCAACUGAUUGGACUGUAUGUUUCAUUGAUGCUGAUGGAUCGUGCGGGCCGAAGAAUCCUUCUGAUUGUCUCAUCCGUUGGUACGGGGAUUUGUCUCUUUGUACUCGGUGUUCACUUCUACUUGCAAACCUUAUCUGUGGACCUGUCUGCCUUCGGAUGGAUUCCUCUUAUCUCCUGCUCUGGAGCUGUAUUUAUAGCAGCUCUGGGGAUUAUGAAUGUGCCAUUUUUUAUUGUGGCAGAAAUUGUACCCGCCAAGAUUCGGAGUUCAGUGGCCACGAUCUUUCUCUUCGCGUCACUUCUGCAUUCAUUCCUCUUUGUGCAGUACUUGGUGGCAUUCAUUGAUGCUUUUGGGAUGUAUACGUGCAUGUGGACUUUUGCUGUUUGGUGCUUCUUCGAGUUAAUCUUCGUUCUGACCAGUGUGCCAGAGACUAAGGGGAAGAAUGCCGAAGAGAUUGUACGUGUGCUCGAGGGAAAAAGUGCCCAAUCAUCCCAAGAGGAAGAUUCUACGGAGAAUCCUACAGUGCGAUGAUAAGAAGUUAACAUACAAAAUGAUAUGUCUCAUCAAUCCGUGGUUGUGUACAGAAAAGGUGUUUUCCAACUGGAAUUUAUCUCAAUUUACCACUUGUGUGCUUUUACUAUUUACUUUACAUUUGUAUGCUUUACCUAUAUAAUAAACGCGUAUAUUAAAGAAAAAA